AAAACAACAAUAAAAAUAGCCGAGGACUUCCGAAUACAUUUUGGAAAUCCCAAGACUGCAUAUAUGAUCACGUGAUGUACACACCAAUGACCCUACUUUAACAAAAAUAAAACAAACAUUCAGUGAAAAGAUGGAAAAGCAAGAUGAUGUUGAAAAGUUGACCGGCAUUAUUUUCACAGCAUUAAGUACAGAGCAUGUUCCUUUAAGUCUAGAUGAAAUCUGCCUGAGAAACAAACAUCUGAGAAAGCGGAGAACUGCUACACAAAAUGUGCUGAAUACAUUUGUCAACAAUGAUAUAUGUAUGAUUAUCAACCAAAAAUAUAUCCUUAUAGAGAAUGCUGAGAAAUCAGAGCACACAUAUCAAACACAACUAAGUAACCAACUAAGUAGCCUUGAGGUGGAUGGUGACUUGACUUCCAGUUUUUCAGAGGGGACAAAUCACAGCAGAGAGUUGCCCCGGGUUGAGGCUAGAGGGGGUCAGGCCACAGGGCCCAGGCAUCAAAGGGCAAUGGAGAAGUGCAGCAUGGAUAUGGCAGUGGCUGUCAGAUCAAAUAGUACUGUUCAACGUCACAUUUCUGAAAAGUCCUUGGUUCCUUGUGAUUCGCCAGAAGUCAGGCAGUAUAUAGAUAUUUUACAGUCAAUAAAUGACUUCAUGAUGAAACAGUCUCUCCCCUUAAAGGCUAAGGACAUUGCCCAGGGAACCAAGCUUGGACAAUCACGAACUAGUGUCAACCGCUAUCUGUACUGUUUAGAGAAAAAGGGAAUACUAACUGUUAAUGAUAAAAGAGAAUGGACAUUUUCUCGUGCAAUAACAGGUGAUGAGAUGGAGGUGUGUGCAGCUCAGCUGGCUAAGAAACCAUCGUCAUCAUCAUCAUCAACGUCAACGUUGUCAUCAUCAUUGCCAUCAUCGACAUCAACAGCAGGUGGUCCAGGCGCAAGAUGCCCAUGCCCGAAUGCUGGUCCCAGAUGCACCCACAACCAUUACGAGGUCCACCAGCACAUCCACAAGCACGAACACCACAUACAGGUUGGAGACAACAAUGCCAUGUACACGAACUCACCACACGAGGGCCAGCCAAACUAUAGACUCCAGUGAGCCCAGCAACAAGCUCCAGUGGAGCAAAACUGUGAAUCUGUGAUUGUAUUGAUUGUUUGAAAAUAAAGCCAUAUUCUGCUAAAUUACUAACAUACAUGUAUGUGUGAGCCUCUAAGGCAUGUUCAGAUGAAUUAAUAGCUCAUUUAUCAUUAUCUGGAAGAAAAGAUACAUGGUAACAGAUUUGCUUAAAACAAUCCUAGAAUGAAUCUGCAAUACAAUGUGUGGGGUUAGUACCAGACGGUAUCAAAACCUUAGAUAUUUUUAUCACUUGGUACAUUCUGGGAUUAACCCCACAAAUUAUGUUUCGCAAUUACCAUUGUGUUAGAAUGCAUGUUCAUGUUUCUGUACAUGUAAUGUACUUCAUCAUUUAAUAGGUUUUGUUUGUUACUGUCCAACAGUUAUUGUUAUCUGCUAAGAAUGACCUUUGUGUACACCCUGUAAUACUUAGUAUUGCUCAUUUGCCUGAAGUAUUGUUCAAGUCUUUCCUUUGUAGAAGCAUGAUUUCAUGCUCUGACACUUGGAAAUUUUUAUAUAAAUCCACAUCAUUUAAUCAGAACAUGUGUUCAUCAUGAUUUGAUCUUGUAUUAUAUUUUUCUUUUUAUUUACAUAUACUGCAUGGAAUAGAAAAACAAACAUUAUUUAUGAAGUUGAUUUUACAGGCUUUGGUUUUAUCUUCCAUUAGUGAUAAUGCCAGUGAUAUGUUUGUGAAUAAAAUAUUUUUAUCAUG